GAAACGAUUUCUGUUCUAUCCAAAAAUAAAAAGUAACAUAUACACUUUCCAAAAAAAAAGAAAGAAAAUAGCUGUCGGAAAUUGACUGCUACUUUCGUUUCCGGUGAACGUUCGUAAAAUAGUGGCGUGGUUCAGACGCCCUGGUCACCAAAUUACGUAAAAUAUUUUGGCGCACCGAGGUUCCAGAGCCUGACUAGUGACCUGACUGACGAUUUGUUCGCCCGUAACUUCGGAUACCUGUUACCCCCGAUGCCCUUAUCAGUGAUCAACAAACUGUCUCGAGUUUCUUGGGCGUGGUUUAUGCUACCUCCUGGGCUGACUCCUGCCAAUCAAUCUUGCAUACCCUAGUUCUUCAUAUUUGCAGCUGAAGGUUAAUUAGAGUCGGGCAAAUUUCAACUACCUUCAGAAAAUGGAGAACUGAUCGUUGUGUAGACUGGAGAUAUUGUUUGACGGCUAAAGCCAGGUAAAUUUCUUCUUGGGAUCCAACAAACUUCAUGAGGUACAUGGUUCCCCCUUCCCUGUCUUCUGUUCUUCUGCAUCUGCUGGUUCCUGUCUACGUUUGUGUAUCUGCAUCUGCAUCGCUUUCUUCAGAACAAUCUGAAGGCUACCGGAUUAGAGAUAUAAUGCCUGGCAGAAGUAACACCAGAGACGGGCGUUCCCCAGAUGCAGUGAAGCCACUGAAGCCCAUGAGGCGUCUUCUCAACAAGUACCCCUUCGCCACCGCCGUGCUUUCGUCGGCCACGCCUCUCUUCUUGGGCUACGACCUCGCCGUCGUUUACAACACGAUCGUCAGGGCGCACGGCCACCUGAAGCUCCUGGCGUGCACCGUCGCGGUUUCAUCUAGCCUCGGCAUGGUCGCGGCCGUGGGAGCGCAACGCCUCAUCGGAGAUCGCCAGACCGUGCUCCUCUCCGCCGCCGUGCUCUGCGCCGGCGCGAUUGCCAGGGCCCUCGCCACCGGCUUGGCGCCCUUCACGGCCGGCGUCUUCGUCAACGGCGUCGGGAUGGGCCUGGCGCUCACGGUCGUCCCAGCCUACGCCGCGGUGCUCAGCCCGUCCUCUGCGCGCCGCGCGCUCGCCGCGCACCCCGACGGACUCGUGUACCUCGGCUGCAUCCUGGGGUCGGGCGUCUACUCCAUGGGUUUCUUGAGGAUUCCUGCUCACCACGCCUGGCGGCUGACAGUUGCCAUCGGUACAGCCGUUCCGGCGUUGCUCAGCUCCGUCGUCGUCUUCAUGCCGGAGACGCCCCGUUUGGUCGUGUCAAGGACGCUGGAAGAGGCCGAGCUCCGUCUGCUCGAGAUAAAAGUCGAGUGCGGCAAACCGCACGACGGCUCCGACGAGCCGCUGGCGGUGACCAAGCGAGGCCGGUGGUGGAGGGAGGAGCUUGGGAUCAUUAGGGAGCUCCUGGUGCGCCCCACAGAGCCUCUUCGCCGCGCGGUCCUCACCGCUCUUGUCGCCAAGGUCUUCCAGCAGGCGUCCAGCACCGGGUCCAUUCUCCAGUACGUGCAGCGCGCAUUCCGCGACGUCGUCGUCUCGUCUAGGGCGGCGCUGGCGGUGUUCGUGUUCGUGUUGGUGAUGUCCUUCCCCAUGUCGCUCGUACUUGUGGAGCUCGGCUGGCUGCUGGUGAGAGCGCUCGCCCGCGGCUGCCGCCUGGGCAGGCGCGUGCCGACGGGCAGCGUGACCCCGCGGCAGGAGCAGCUGAAGUGGGUGAGGGGACUGUCCGCGACAAUGCUUCUCUCGCUGAUGGCGCUGGUGUGGAUCGCGCUCGGCCCAGCGCCAUGGGCGGACGCGUCGUCACGCGGCUGCCUGCGGUGGCUGCGGGCAGCGGUGGCGGCGGUGAAAGAGUCCGUCAUCUCGGCGAUCUAGUCAGGCUUCGCAGCGGUUUAUCGUGUUUCCGAAGUGUACGGCUACUUGAUCUUGUGUGCCAUUUGAUCAUCGUA